AUGAGUGCAUUUGCAGCUCUUAAGAAUAAUCCAUUUGGUGAAUCAAUUUUCAAUACCAACGACAACAACAGUAAAAACACCAGUCAAGAUGAGGAUGAUGAGGAUGAUGAAGAAGUGGUACAAUACGUUGCCAACACCUCUGAUGAAGGAGAAGAGGAUGAUGACGAUGACAACGACGAAGAGCAAGUCGGUAAUAAUUUUCUCCCAUUUGAAAUAUCAGCACCUGAUGAUACAUCAUUAUCAUCAACACCAGCACCAAUUGUUAAUUUCCGUAUUACUCAAUCCAAUUUCGCUCCUAAUGAAACAAAUAUAAAAUUUUCCAAUAAUCAUGUUAUUAUUAUAUUAAAUCCAUCAGAAUAUAUAUUAAUUUCAGGACAAUGUAAUUUGAAAGUAAUUGAAGGAGCCAUUAAGAUUAAUCAAUGUCAUUACUUGACCAGUGGAAACAACAAAUCUUAUAAUAUAAUUGCAUUACAAUCACAAUCACUACCGAUUAUAAGCCACUAUACCCCAGAAGAGGGACAACCUUCAUCAGCUUCAAUAAUACAAUUGGAGAAUUCAUUUAGUGGAAUUGAAAAUAUUUCUCAAAUUGAUCCAGCAUUUAAGAAUUUAAUUUUUGGACAAGCUAAUUUUGAAACUAGUUUAUUUAAAAAUUAUUCAUUUGAUAUAGUACUAACAGAAACGAGCGAAAAUAGUGGUGGAGGAUAUGGAUUCGAUAUCAAUUCUUAUUGGAUAAAUGAAUUAAACUUAUUGAAAUCAAAUAAUGAUCCAACUCCAAAAAUAAUCAUGAUUAUUGGUAAUAAAAACACUGGUAAAUCAACAUUUUGUAAAUCAUUAAUAAAUGAAUUAUUAUUAGCCAAUAAUAAUCGUCCAAUAUCAUAUUUAGAAAUCGAUCCAGGUCAAUCAGAAUAUUCAACACCAUAUGCAUUAUCAUUAUCAGAAAUUGUUGAUGUUCAAUUUGGUUUAGUAGCAUUACCCCAAAAUACUAAUAUUGUGAAAUCUUGUGUUGAACAUUAUUAUGGAUUUACUAGUGCUGUUAAUGCCCCAACACGAUAUGUAAAAAUAAUUGAAAAAUUAUUUGAUCAUUAUCAAACUAAAUUUGGUCAAAGAAAUCAUUUAAUUAUAAAUACUCCCGGUUGGGUUAAAGGUUAUGGUAAAGAAUUAUUAAAUCAAAUUACGAAAAUUAUAAAUCCUAAUAAAUUGAUAUUAUUAUCUAAUAAUUUAAAUCAACAAUAUCCUGAUAAUAUUAAUAUUUUACAAGAUUUAACUUAUCAAUCAUUAUCUAUUCUUCCUGGAAUUUAUCAAUUAUCAAAAUAUUCUGCUCCACAAAUAAGAAAUAUUAAUAAAUUAUUAUAUUUCCAUCAAAACAAUAGCACAAGUAAAUUAAGAUUUAAUUUUAAUAAUCAUUUAUUGGAUUUUUCACCAUUAAAGAUAUCUUAUGCUUGUUUCAAUUCACCAAAUAAUCCAGGAAUUUAUUCAACAACAAUAUUGAAUCAUAAUAUUGAUAAUGAAUUUAGUCAUCGAGAUUUAUGUUCUUUAAUUGAAGUUUCAAUUUAUGGAAUUUAUGCAAUCAAAUAUAACAAGGAUAGUAAUCUUGAUGAUGACAUAUCUGUUUGUGGGAAAGAUGGUAAUUCCCCAUUUUAUUUAAAUCCUGAUGAUUUUAAUAAUUUAUUAUCUAAUAAUAAUGACAAGACCAUAAUAUCAAGUAAAUUUAUUGGAUUAAUUAUGGUUCAUAGUAUUAAUAAUAUUCAACAUUAUAUGAAUAUUUAUGCUCCAGAUAAAGUAAUUAAUCGAUUACAAAAAAUUAUAUCAAAAAAUCAACCUAGUAAUUACAAUUAUAAAUUGAUGAUGGUGAAAGGUGAAGGAGAUAUCCCAAAUUGUGAAAUAUUAUAUCCUAAUUUCAUUAAUAAAAAAAUUGAAUAUUUAAAACUGAUUAAAAAGAAAAAAAAGAAAUCCAUUGACACUGGGGAAAAGAUUGAUUUGAAAUUACCAUAUAUUAGUUUUGAAACAAAACUGAAAAUUGGUGGGAUUUGGAAAGUACGAAAGAAUAUUAAACGAAGAGGUCAUCGUCAAGGAAAUUAG